CUUGUCAUCACUCUGCCAUAAAUGUGCUUGUUGCUGUGUAGAAAAAUAUGCAGCAUUGGCCUAUUACUUCGUUUUGCUUAUGUGUUUCUUCUUUGCAGCUUUUAUUGUGAUAUGUGAGGAGAAAUUCAUAGAAUUAAGGCCAUUGCUGCUUUUGAAAGAGAAAUACCUCUCUCAGGCUCUGAUAUAUGUGUACCAGCUCUGCUGGGGAUGGAGUACCCUGACCCCAUGGGAUCUGGUCUUAGUGUACCUGUGCUGGGAUGUCAGACUGACCUUGUCUCUGGGAUUACGAUACCUUUGGCAGGGACCAUGGAGGACCCCGAUGGAAAAGGCCUAGUGGCAAUCCGUUAUGGAUCUCAGACGGUUGACCCAGUGACAGGGCUGUUGGCCCCAGUGGUUGGAGCCAGGCUGGAUGUGUCCAGAAAAAACGUUCUGCCUGUUACAGCCUCCUACUGGCUAAUGGUGGCGGUUCAAACUGACAGUGGACAGGUAGAGGCACUCCAGAGAGAGGUAUGUGUGCGAAACACUUACUGGCAGAAUCAGAGGCAGCUGGAAGAAGAUAUUCUCUCUGAUCUGGACUCAGCUCUUUUCCAUUCUCUCCUUAGAAUCACAGAAGUUAACUCUUCUCAGCAGGUCCAGUGGUCCGGGGGACAGCUGAGGGAAGCUGCCGUGGAGCUGCAGGAUUCAUCGCAGACCGAGGCCCAGAGGAGGGCAGCUCAGCACUCUCACUUGGCUCUGAUCCUGCCUCCACAUGUAUUCCAUAUACUCACAUUGGGUGAUGAGGAGGAGUGGGAUCAGCAGAGUGUUUGGUACUCAGAGCUCUUGUCCGGCCUUGAUAAGGCGGAUGUCUGCAUGGAGCAGCUGCAACAAGACCAAGAGAAAUGGACAACACAGGGAGGAGACUGGGCUAAAGCCCUGCAUGCUAUGGACAGGGAGCUGAGACAGAAAGAGUUGUGGGAGCAGUGUUGUUCCAGACAGACAGAGCUGGAGGCUGCUCUUAUUGCGCUGCACUUUGUCAGACACCUUUCGCAGCUCUGCGCCGACACUGCCCAGGCAUUACUGUGUGGGAACUUUUGGUACAAGGAAUAUGGUCUGGCCCAGUCCUGUGGGCAGAGACCGACUGUGAAGGUCAUGGGUUUGCUUCAACAGAAGGCUCUGCCUCUGCUAGAGAGACUGAACCAGCUCCUAGAGGACAAACAGGCUGCCAUAAUCUCCCCCAACAUCUGCAAUCAGCACAUCUCAGAGAGCCAGCCAAUGAAAGAGUCUGCUCAGACUACACAAAUCUCUAUCCCCAGAAUUCCAGAAGAGGAGUGGACCAAGCUGCUGGAGCUCUCUCCUCUGUUCCAGCUGCUGAAGGUGGUGGAGCUACAGCUGAAGGGCUGGGUCUGUGGGGCUGGGCUUCCUAUAGGAGAGCCCACUGACAGAGGCAAGAGUUUUGUAGAUGUCCUUGAUGCUCAGUGGGACUGUGAGGGAGAGCUGAUCCCUUUGGACCUGUCAGUCCUUAACCCCAGGGAGUUCCUGGUCUACCAGCACGGAUUAUUCCUGAUGCACACAUUGCAUAAUCUAAAACUGACUCCAGCCAUUUCACUUCAGAUAGCCGCUUGUCUCCCAAACAACAACUACUUCAACAAUGCCUUCAGAAAUUCCUUCUUUUAUCAGGAGGCAGAGGAGACGCUCUUUGUUCGUCGUCAGAGGCUCCACUCAGUUGGAGGCUUCUCUAUGAUGCUACUCCACUGUCUGUCCCAUGUCAAAAUUAAAGACAUGAGCUCUGACUCCAGUGCUGCCUUCCAGAGGCUUUUCUUCAAGGUACUGCAGGCAUGCCUGGGCGAGCUGUUUCAGGCCAGACUGGGCAUGCCCCCCUCUGGAGGGGAAGCCAAUUUGUGCAUGUGGUUUCAAGAUCAAGAGGCCCAUUCAGGAGACUUAUACAGGAAUCUGUCUGACUCUCAUGCUGCCGCCUUGCUUUACAGGCUUCACAAACCAAGCAGAGGACUGUUGUCUGAAGACCAGGAAGUUGAAGAACUUCAGAGGAAGCACAGAAAAAUGUCUCUGUUCUCCCAUCUUGAACGAGUUAUGAGAGAGAAGAGCUCUGCUGCAACAGAGGAAGGCGAAGACCAGUGCCGUUUUGAAUUGGGGUUCAUCUUUUGAGAUAACCUCAGAAGAAGGACUGGAACAAUGAGCAGAUUUAGUGUGGAAAGGCAGAUAAAGAGGAGAGCAUUUAAUCAAUGGCAGCAUUGUGCUGCCAGUAUCUGUCAUCCUCUGAGACACGACACUACGGCAUCUACAGCAGUUGGAAUCUGGCCACAGAAAAUCCCCUGCCUGCAAGCCGUCACCGAAAU